GGUACGGAAAAACAAUAAUCUAGAUUUAAAAAAUUUCAUUCAUCUCAUUCAUUCAUUCUGUUCUCGAUGUCUUUUUGAAAGCGCGUUUAGUGUUUAAAUUAUGUUUAAUUAUUUUAAUAGUGGUUUUAUUCAUUAGUUGCAACCUUUAUCUUGAUUUCGGCUUACUGAGAGGUGCUCUCAAAAUAAUAGUUGAAAGUAGUUACGUUAAUGAGGUGUUUACCUCAUUUAUAGGUUAUGUUAGUACUGUGUCCAUAUUUUAGUCAAAAAGUUAAUUGAAAAUGAGUAGCGGAGAUUCUAGUAACAAUUGUCGGGUAGUGGCGAUACCAUGGCCAUGCGUGAAGCGGAAAGUGGAAUGCGCUGGUGCCGCAUUUUUAAGAUAUUAUAGUAUAAAAUGCCAUGGCGAAGAUGCUCUACUUAGUACCACAAAUUCCAAAGAAAAGGCCGAGGAAGUUAUUUUUGAGGAUGAUGUCGAGUACUUACGGAGUCUAGACCCCAAGGACUGGAAGAAUCAGGAUCAUUAUGCUGUAUUGGGUGUAAAGAAUUUACGUUAUAAAGCGUCUGAUGAUGACAUUAAGCGUGCCUAUCGCCAAAAAGUUUUGAAACACCACCCGGACAAACGGAAGGCGCAGGGUGAGGAUGUCCGCAGUGAUGACGACUAUUUCACGUGCAUAACAAAGGCUUAUGAGAUUCUUGGAACGCCAAUUAAACGCAGGUCCUAUGAUUCUGUGGAUCCAUUAGUAGAUGACGCCAUUCCAUCUAAUUCAGACAUUAAAAAGGAAGGUUUCUACAAAGCGUUUAGUAAAUAUUUUGAAAUUAAUGCAAGGUGGUCAGAAAAGAGGAAUGUGCCUCUAUUAGGUGAUGAGAACAGUCCGAGAGACCAAGUUGAAAGGUUUUAUGCAUUUUGGUAUGAAUUCGACUCAUGGCGCGAAUUCUCUUACAUGGAUGAGGAGGAGAAAGAGAGAGGGGCUGACCGGGAAGAGAGGCGCUGGAUUGAGAAGCAGAACAAGGCUGCUCGGGCGAAGCUAAAGAAGGAAGAGAUGUCGAGGAUUCGUAGCCUAGUGGACUUGGCAUAUGCUAAUGAUCCAAGGAUCCAGCGUUUCAAGCAAGAGGACAAAGAUAAGAAACUGGCUGCCAAGAGAGCUCGACAAGAUGCCGUUCAAGCCAAAAAAGCUGAAGAAGAACGUCUAAUAAGAGAAGCACAGGCCGCUAAACAAAAAGCGGAAGAAGCCGAGCGAGCAAAACUGGAGGCCGCGCGCGCGGAACGAGAACAAAUGAAGAAAAACCUACGCAAGGAACGCAAGGCCUUGCGAGACCUCUGCAAGACCAACAACUACUAUUCUCAGACUGAUGACGAAAUGGUCUCACACAUGGCUGCCGUAGAGAAAAUUUGUGAAGUCAUGAAAGUCCUUGAGCUCCAAGACCUUAUGAAAGACUUGGAAUCUAACGGCCGGGAAGCAUUCGUGAGAACAGUCCAAAAUACAGAAGAUAAAUUGGAAGCUGAAAGAAGAGCCUUAUUUGAAACUAAAAAAGUUGAGGAACAAAAAACUAAAAAGGAUUCUGUGAUUAGAGCGCCCAUAGAAUGGACGGCUGAAAUGAUGCAACUUUUAAUCAAAGCAGUCAAUCUCUUCCCUGCCGGAACCAAUCAGAGGUGGGAAGUUGUAGCUAACUUUCUCAAUCAGCACAGCACCUUCACUGACGACAAAAGAUUUACAGCUAAAGAUGUUCUCAAUAAGGCUAAAGAUUUACAAAGCUCUGAUUUCUCAAAGAGUAGUCUAAAGAAAGCUGCCAACGAGGAGGCUUUUGAUCAAUUUGAGAAGGAGAAGAAAAAAGUAGCCAAUCAUAUGGAUGAAAACAGUAUAUCGAAGAGUGACAGCAGUGCGAAAUUAGUUAAUGGUACAGGGAAAGCAAAAGAAGAAGUUAAACUUGAAGCGGUGAAAGAGGAGCGGGCGUGGACGAAGACAGAACAGGAGCUGUUGGAGCAGGCGAUGAAGACAUUCCCGGCGAGCACCUCGGAGAGGUGGGAUAAGAUCGCGGAGUGCAUACCGAACCGUUCCAAGAAAGAUUGUAUGAAGAGGUACAAGGAACUAGUGGAAUUAGUUAAAGCCAAGAAACAAGCCGCCAACCUGGCGAAAUAGCAAACAUUGACAAACUAGUUGUAUAAUAAAUUGAGAAAUUGUAAAGAUGUGGCAAAUGUGUAAACAAAAUAAAGAUGUAAAUAAAU